AUGUGUUGUGUGAGUGAGUGUGCAUAUAAAACCAAAGAAAAAAAAACGAUUCUCAUUGCUUUGGUAAUAACUACAACAUUAGUGGGUUUUUUUGGCUAUUUGGCAUGGAAAAUUAAUAUGUCUAAUUCAUUAACACUUGAUAAUAAUAAUCAAUUUUUGGAUUCAACAAAUGAUAAGAAGAACAAGAAAGAUAAAACAACUAUUGAACAUUCAAAGAAAAAACGUAAAGAUCAAAAAAAAUCUAAACGUGAAAAUAAAGAUGAUGAACAACAACGAAAUAAAUCUAAAGAAUUAACAUUACAAACAAGCGAAGAAACAGAUGAUGAACGAGAUGAAAGUGAACAGGAAUUAUUGAAGCCAUCAUCACAACCUAUUGAAACAUCAUCUAAAGCUCGUAAACGUAAUAAAAAUAAAUCUGUUACACCUACACCACCACCUACAACAACAACAACUCGUGUUGAAGAUAAAGUUAAAGAUGAAAAAAAUCUAAAUACAACUCGAGCACCACCAGUAACACAUCCAAAAUCAAUAGCUAAAGAUGAAGUUGAAUCAACUAAACAACAAUCAAAUGUUCCAAUUAAAUCAUCAGAACCAUCAAAAAAACAAAUAUUUCCUAUUUCUUCACAAGCAAUAACUAAAAAACCAACACAAUCAAUUCAAGAACAACCAUUUACAGUUGUUGGUGGUAAUCGACAUAAGGCAGGAACACCACCAUUACAACAACAACAAAAUAAAUUACCAGUAAGCGCAGUAUCAGCGCCUGCUCCUCCUGUACAACCAUCUACUUCGGUUCAAGUUCAACAUGAUCAAUUAGCUCAACGUCAACAAGUUUCUCAAAAAGAAAUAUCAACACAAUUGAAUGGUGUUUCUACAAAUUCGUUACCUCUAAAACAACAACAAAUGCCAACAAAAAUUGCCGAUCUCAUUAAGGUUCUACCAUCAUCUCAAGUUGUUGUUACUGAAUUAAUGUCUGCACUUGAUGCAUUUCCUUUAUCAACUGAUGAAUUAGAUAUAAUUAUGCAUAAAAUUGCAAAUAAACAAUCUGUACUUAGACAAGAUUGGAAUAAAUUACAACAUGGUCAAAAAGUUGAUCCACAAGCACAUAUUGGUCAAGUUAUGGAUAAAUCAGCUAAAGCUUAUGAAGAUGAAAUGAAAAAUAAUGCUAUGAAACAUAUAAAAGAAUUAACUGAUGAACUUAAUGCCGAAAAACUUCGUAAUAAUGUUUUAUUAAAAGAAAAGAAUGAUAAAGAACAUGAUAUUCAAAUGCUUCAUGUUCGAUUAAAUUCUAUUCAACAUAAACAUGAAUCAAUAAAUGCACAUCCUCAACAACAACAACAACAAAUUCAAAAACUUGAAUUACAAUUACAACGUGUAACAGAAGAAAAUAUUCAUUUAAAUCAACAAUUAGCGCAACAUCAACAACAACAACUUGUAGCAUCUAAUUUAAUUCAUACUGGAGAUUCAUCAAAUUUAAGAAUACAAGUAUUAAGUGAACAAAUUAAAAAAUUAUCAGUUGAUAAUGCUCAUUUGGAAAAAAAAGCUAAAAGCAAUGAAUUAUUAGCUCAUGAAGCACAAAAAGAAAGAGAAGAUUUAAUUCGUUAUAAUGAACAAUUAACUCAAUCACUUCAAAAUGUUGAAAAAGAUUUAAAACAUGUGGAAGAAAAACAUCAUAAAAAAUUCAAUGAAACUCAAACAUUACAUAUGAAUGAUAUCAAUGAAUAUAAACGUCGUAUUGAACAACUUGAAAGAGAUAAUGAACAAUUACGACGUGAAGACAUAGUUCAUGUUGAACCGACAGCAGUAACAGAUAUACAAACAAUAGCAAUAAAUAAUGAAGAACGUGAACAAUUAGAAAAAGAAAUUCAUCAAUUGAAACAAAUUUUAAAUUUAAAUCAAGAAAAAGAACGAGAAUAUAAUGAUUUAAAACAAAAAUUAAUUGAAGAAAUUGAAGAAUAUAAAAAGAAAGUUGAUGAUUUACAAAUUCAAUAUCAAUUUGAAGAGAAUGAAUUACGACAAGAAAUUGAACGGCUUAAACAAAAUAAAAAUUAUGAACAACAACAAACUGCUGAAUCUUAUAAUAAUGAGCUUGCUGCUAAAAAUAUUGAAAUCGGUACUUUACGAACUGAACUUAAUGAAGUCAAAUCAAUAAUUUCACAAUCAGAAGAACGUCUUCGUCAAGAACAUGAAAGACAACGAGAAAUUUUAACUGAUCUUCUACCAUCAUAUAUUCGAAAUCAAUUACCUCAUGACAAUCAAGAUUUUGAUCAAUGGCUAUCGUCAUAUCGACAACUAUUUGAAUCAAGCAUCGAAUCAAGCAAGAAAAUUUUACAAGAAGAAUCUGCAGCAGUUAAACUUGAAAAUGAUCAACUUCAUAAAAAUAUGAAGGAUGUUGAAAGUCAUUUAAGAGAAAUUGAAAAAACUGUGCAAUAUAAAGAAGAAACAUUACUUACUGAAUUAAAAAGUAAAGAUGCUACACUUGAAAGUAUUCGUAAUGAGAAUGAUCAAUUGAAUGAUGAACUUCAACGCCUUCGUAAUGAAAUUCAACGUUUACAAUCAGCAUAUGAUACAACAGUCAAUGAAGUUUCUGCAUUAAAACUUCAACUUGAUGAUCGAUUUCUUGUUGCUGCUAACACUCCACCUGUUGAUGUUGAUCAAUCAUUUGAACUUGUUAAACAUCCAACAACAUCAUUAUCUACAUUGGUCAUUGAUGUUCGUGCUAAACAAUUGAAUGAAUUAAUUCGAUCAGGCAAAGAAGCACUUGAACAUCAAGAUUCACUAACUCAACAACUUGAUAAGCAUUUGAAUGAUCUGCAUCUUAGUGGAACCGGAGAGACAUCACCAUCAAAUGCUGACGAAUCGACGCUAGUUUAUAUUCAUUUAUCAUAA